ACUUCUUCUCCAUGACAGAUCAACAACAACGCAAAGAUCCUGAAAUCUACAAACACUUGAGCCCUAAGACUCAAGGUUUCCUUCGUGCAUCUGCAAAUCAAAGAGAAGAAUCAGCAAGACUCAACGACGACACCAUGGCUACUGAGCAAACUUUCAUUGCUAUCAAGCCUGAUGGCGUCCAACGUGGACUCGUUGGUCCUAUCAUCUCUCGUUUCGAGGCUCGUGGCUAUAAGCUCGCUGCCAUCAAGCUCAUGACUGCUUCUACUUCCCAUCUCGAGAAGCACUACGAGGAUCUCUCCGACAAGCCCUUCUUCCCAGGACUCGUCAAGUACAUGGCUAGCGGCCCAAUCUGCGCCAUGGUCUGGGAAGGACGUGACGCUGUCAAGACUGGCCGUACUCUCCUCGGUGCCACCAACCCCCUCGCCUCUGCUCCAGGUACCAUCCGUGGCGACUACGCCAUCGAUGUCGGACGUAACGUCUGCCACGGCUCAGACAGCGUCGAGAACGCCAAGAAGGAAAUCGCUCUCUGGUUCAAGGAGGGUGAAGUUCAAUCAUGGAAGUCUGCUCAGCAAGACUGGAUCUACGAGAAGCCAUAGACGCUUGCUCUGCAAAGCGUGCCCAUGGUCGGAUAUGACACUUCGUACAUGUUGGUUUGACUGAUGUGGAUGGCGGAUAUGAAGGGACGUCUUUACAUAGAACAAAAGCUUUGAUGCCUUCUAAUGGUGCAAAUUGGUCUAGAUAUCUAUUAUGUGAUGUAUACUCGUCAGGGUGGCAUCUUCUUCACUCUAUCGAGGUCCUUUCCUAUCCCGCCACCAACACCACCAGCACUGGCUCCCAGCCCAGCUGCGCCUUUGCCAUUCCCCGCUCCCUUCACACCUCUAAAGAGCCCAGUAAACCUCCCAACAAAUACCCUCGCAAACCAUGGUGUCCCCCAAACACUGAGCAACAUCCUCGCUGGCAAGAACACCUUCGUAAUAGCAUACGCCGUCGCAACUUCUACCAAAAUCCUACCACCCCUCUCCCCAACACG